UCAAAGUAACACAUAGUCAGGCUUAAAGUAAAUUUCAAUUUAGAAUAUUUGAGUAUAAUUAAAUUAGCGCCAUUUAAAUGAUCGUUGCUUAUCGAAUGGCUGAGCACGACAGAAGCUGUUUGAUACGACAGUCAGCUGUUAGGCACAGUCUAUUAGCAUAGUCUAUCAAAAAACUAUCGACCAACCGCCACUACAGCCUUUAGAUCAGUCAAAUUGCCGGGCAAUUUUUAAGUGCGCUUCUUAAAUUAUAAUCAUAAGUAAUAUGACAAAUGAGCUGUGGCCGAACGCCUAUGCAGCUAAUGAAGCUAUUCGGCAAGACAAGGAUGUUAGUGCUGGUGACUAUCAGAAUGCUUGGCGUAAACAAAAAUUGCUUUUGGCUCAUGCUACAAGCAAGUCAAGUGAAGCUACCCGUUAUGAAGUGCUUAAGGAGCAUCAAGAAACAUUUUCAAAUGCCAGUAGUACGGAAAUCUUUAUAAAUAAUUGCUUAACUGGAUGUCAGAAACUGUUGGCGGUGAGUCGACGUCAAAGACCUGCUGCUGGACUGCAAUUAGAAUGGCUGGAAUGCUGUGAGGCGCCUGGCCGUUCAUUCGAUCAUCCGUGUCAUGGAAAAUAUGAGAGCUGCAUGCGUGAUGAAAUAACUAUUGACUUGCAAAGACCCCACCAAUUAACAGUGACACCAGCAGCAAAACCAUUAUUGAGCACAAAAGUAACGCCUUCUAUGACCACAGGAGCAACACCUUCCACAGCACCAGUCUCAGCUGGUGUCUUUCGCACAGCACGAGAACAGUUGUUGUUGCAUGAUAUGCAGAAAAGCAAGCAAAACGUUGGUUCAGCUCACAGCAAUAUGAUGGACUACAGAAAAAAGUCACUUGGCGGACGUGGACGCAGUGUAAAUUCAAGUUUUGUGCAACCCGUUGGCCAAAGUGAGCCGGAUGCUUCGGCUGUGCCAACCAAGCAAUCUGUGUCGGUAACGCCUGCUGUACCUGCUCUACCUGUUCGGCCCUCCUUAUCACACUUGGAUCCGCUCAUGGUUGAUCAAAUACUGCGAGAGAGCAUGCACAAAUACAAACCCAUAGCCUGGGAGGAUAUAGCUGGUUUGGACUAUGCAAAGUCAACAUUCAUGGAGACCAUCAUACAUCCAUUACAGCGACCAGAUUUGUUUAAGGGCGUGCGUCGGCCGCCCCGGGGGGUUUUGCUAUUUGGUCCACCCGGGACGGGCAAAACUUUAAUAGCCAAGUGUAUUGCGUCGCAGUCGAAAGCAACUUUCUUUAGUAUAAACCCCUCUACUUUGACUUCAAAGUGGGUGGGAGAAGGCGAGAAGCUUGUCAAGACUCUGUUUGCGGUGGCUGCUGCACAUCAACCAGCUAUCAUAUUUAUGGAUGAAGUCGAUUCGUUGCUGUCGCAACGGUCGGAUAACGAACACGAAAGCUCCAGACGUAUGAAAAACGAGUUUUUUAUUCAAUUGGAUGGAGCGUCAACCAACGAGGACGACCACAUUGUCAUCAUUGGUGCUACCAAUCGGCCUCAAGAACUAGACGAGGCUGUGCGUCGUCGAUUUGUGCGUCGCAUCUAUGUUUCACUCCCAGUGGCUCAGGCACGUCAGCAGAUAAUUCAUAAACUUGUACAGCAAAUACACCACAAUCUCAGUGACGCACAAAUGCAAGGUCUAGCUGAGUUAACCGAAGGAUAUUCAGGCGCUGAUAUGGACAGUCUUUGCCGUUAUGCAGCCAUGCAGCCGCUGAGAGCCUUAACCAGCUCUCAGAUUGACGCAAUCGACGCACAGCAGUUGUCCGCAGUUACGAUGGCCGACUUUAUGGAAGCGUUGCAGCAUGUUUCAAGGAGCAUCUCAACGGAGGAUGUGAAGCGUUACGUGGCUUGGAAUCAAACUUAUGGGACUAAAAGUUAAAUGAAACCCACAUGAAUUUAGUGUUUUAAAGAUGCUUUUAUUUGCAGUUGGACAUCCUCUACAGUUUACUUGUACUUUCGAUUGCCUAUCCUCAAGCUUACAGACUUAUCACAUGUAUUGAUGUCGCACAUAUACAGUAAAAUGUGGAAUGGUACACACAUAACUAAAAUCUACUUAAAAACAGGGUAUACAUAUUCAUAUUGUUAAUUAGCUCACAGCACAUCAAAAUUUGACUUCGUAUACAUCAGAGUUGAAAAACAUUUAGACUUCGACUAGGUUCAAAUGGGCUUAUUCUGUUUUUGUUUUGAUCAAGCUGCCACAGACGAAUGCUUUAGAACAGCAUAGCAAAAAGGACAUUAAAAAUAACAUUUAGAUAUAGCUUAAUUAACAAUCGUACUAAAUAAAAUUGCAUUUCUAGUAA